AUGAGCUCCCGAGCGUUAAGAAGACUCCAGCAGAAUAGUUUGGAACAAAGUCUGGCAAAUUUGGGCUCGAAUGAAGCCGAAAACGAAGCUCGCGAUGAUGAUCAGCAGCAAAGAGUAAAAGCGGUCAACAUUUUCGCCUUGAUGGGCGACGACGAUGACGAAGGUGAAGCAUCAGACUCUGUGCACGCAAGCUCAGAUGAAGAACACCAGGAGCUUGAGCCUGCUGUGAUUGAUAAACCGGUAACCCCCAAAAUUGCGACGAAGUCGCAAAAGAAGAAGAAUAAGAAGAAGAAUAAGCAGAAAAACAAGAAAAGUGAAAACAGCAGGUCCAAUACACCAGAAAAUGUUGACGUGACCUCUCCAGGCGACAGUGACGAGGAUUUAGAUCGUAUUUUGGAACAGUUUCGACAAAAGGAUUCAGAGCUAGAGAGGAAAUCGGGCGGCCAAAAGACCGUGCAUUCUGAUGAUUCCGAAGACUUCGAUACAGCCAACGAAGACGAAAGCCAAUAUUCCGACGAUCAAAAUGUCCAUUCCUCCACCGAUCUGGGAUUCCUCAAGUUCACCUCAUUCGCAGAGCUAAAACGUAUCUUUGGGCUGAUUGACAUGAAAAAAUUGAACCCAGACUACGAAUACAAAUUGCUGUUUGAUGAUAUCUCAUCCGAUUCACUAGCAGAUGUUGAUUCUAUGACUUCUACCCAUGUUUCUCCUCAGGCGAUGAAACAAAUCGAGAAACUACGCCACAUGGUGAGAAAUUGGGGCGGCAGAGACCGCAAAUCGGUUCCCAACGGCUCCACGACUAGAAGACUUGCAUUCACCAAAAUAAGAGACGAUUGGAUCCCCACGACCCGUGGUGAACUUGUACUUACACAGCUUACCCUGCCAGAGAUCAAAAAAUGGCAGUACUGGCAACGGCCCCAGGACUGGGCCGAGGAGAUUGACAGCUCGAUUGACAAGUUACUGAAGGCAGGUUUGUGUUUCUAUAAAUUCGAGCCUAGUAAUUCGGAAGCCACCCGGAAGGCCAUGACCGAGUUUUACAUGAGUGUUGUAUUGCAUCCUGAUCACGAAGCGCUCAUAGCACUUUUAUCCUCCAAACACCCGUAUCAUGUCCCAGCUCUUCUGCAAGUGGCCCUUAUUUUGGUAAGAGAAGGUGAUAAGAGUAAUAGUAAUGGGCUUGUAGAGAGAGCACUUUUCGUUUUUGAUCGUGCUUUAAGAUCCCAUGUCGUUUUCAAUGGGACAUCAUGUCAAUUGCCAUACAUUUACUUUUUCAACCGACAGUUCUACUUUGCUAUCUUCCGGUACAUUCAAGUUCUCUCACAGAGAGGGGCAAUUGGCACUGCUGCGGAAUGGUGCAAAACUCUCUGGUCUCUAUCCCCAUUAGAAGAUCCUCUCGGUUGCAGGUACUUCAUAGAUCAUUAUUUGCUGAUGAACAAAGACUUUGAUUUCAUGGCAAAACUUGCAAAGUCGCCUUUAAUUAAUACUUACAGCAAUUGGUACACCCUUGGAAUGGCUCUCGGGUUUGUUCUCUCUUACCUGAAACUCGGACUCGAAGAUGCCGCUAGGGCCGAACUAAGAAAAGCAUAUUCUCAUCAUGCCUUGUCUUUGCAAACCAUUUUCGAAAAAGAAUGUUUGGGGGACAAGUCUUCCAUGGGAGAAAUAAAAGAUGCAUGGCCAACCCCAGCCGUGACGAUCGAGCUGAAAGCAUACCUUUUAAGAAUGAAGGCGGUUUGGGGCGAAACAGAGCUCAGCUUCUUGCGGGAUGAAUUAAUUACCAUUUCCCAAGAGAGCGAAUCCGGAGCCCUACCGUUAGUUCCGCCUAACACCAGAGAAUCACAUUCACCAUUUUUUAUAGAGUCGAUGCCGGUGAAUCUACUGCGUUUUGCAAUUUUGUCCCAAGAGUCGUCGUUAAUGGCGUGUGUUCCCGAGGAAUUGUGGUCAGAAAGAGACGUUUACGAGUUCGAUGUUUUACCACCACAAGCUCACGAUAGGCAGACUGAAGAUGUUAUAGAAACUAUCAACAGCUUUGUCAGUGAUGAUGAUUUGGCUAUGACGAGAUUGGAAAUGGUGCAAGACGAGGCUUUGCUCAAUCAAAUGACCCAAAUGUCGCUAGAACAAUUUCUAGAGGAGAACCCAAAUGCGGGCGCCGAUGAAUAA